AAACAAUUUACUGUAUUUUCUGAAGUGAGGUCCAUUCUGAAAUAAUGAUAUAGUACAUCCUGGUGUUCCUUCAUGCUGGGAUUGAAAGAAAGACAUUUGGAAUACAUUUAAUUCAUGUGUGCUAACUUGGGUUAAACAUGGAGGAAAAUAAUUAUACUGUACUUACAUUUUUUUUGUUAAUCUGACCUUACUGAACUGCCUACCACUAACAAUAUAUUGUGUUCAGAGAUCAGAUGCUGCUAUCAAAGUGAGACGCAAUAGUAUAUUAGAACAAACGAUCACUAUAAAACAAGCCAUUUAAAAAUUUCAGUUAAAUACCAGCAAUGAAUGUAUGAAUUUAUGAAUGUUAAUAACAAACCAUAUAAAUGGAGCAGAAUAUCUCUUAACUGAUAGUAAAUGAGCAACAUGCCUAAAGGGAAUUUUACACUGAAUGAGAUCAUUCGAACAUGUUUUGCCAUAUAUUUUUGUGAUGAUACUGAAUUUAUUUCAGGGAUGUAAUUUAAAUUUAUAUGUUUUUGGCAGUACUUCCUCAUCAUAGAUGGCACCAAUAAGUUUAUUUUAAAAAAUCCUAGAAGAAAAUUGUCCAUUUGUGGGACAUUUCAAGAAUAACCAUACAGUAUAUAAUGUUUCAUUAGCAGCAAAGGUGAUCACUGUCCAUCACUAGUCAGAUUUAAGACAGAAGGAAAAUCAGAAAAUAAUAAAGGAGUUUCAGACUCUACAGUUCUCUAGAUAUCUACAGUUACAGUUUUGAUUUUCUAUCUGUAAGAUGAUAGGUUGUAUUUGUAUGCAUAAAAUGUUAUUUUAUAUUUGUAUAAUAUAUAUAAUAUAUGUAAAUUAUUACAGCAAUGAUACAAUGCUUUGUGUAAUCAUUAUAUAUUAGGGAUGCACUGAAAUGAAAAUUCUUGGCCGAAGCCGAAACCGAAUAUAAUGAAAAGCUUGGCCGAAAGCCGAAGGCCGAAACCGAACACGUUUUUUUUCGUGUUUUUUCCAUUUAUUUUGCCAUUUUUUUCACCAUUGCAUAAAUUAAAUAGUCAAAAUGUGCUUUUUACUAUUUUGUCUUGCUUUUCAAAGAAAAAGCAGCAGGCACAGGCUACCAAUAAGGCACAAUAUAACUUUAAAUAAAUAAAAGAGUAAAAAAUAUUUUGAUGUGGUCAUCUUUGAACCCCCCUUGAAUAGCCUAUGUUAGGCCUAUAACUGACUGUUGAAAGAAUGUAACACUCUGUAGCCUACAACUAAAAAGUGCAUUGACAAGAGUACAAAAAAUGGUUCUAUUGGGUUCUAUACGGCUGAUUAUAUUGGGGAUAUAUACCGCUCGCGUCCCUGAACACCUCGCGGAGUAUUAUAGUAGAUGUAGUAGAGUUAGGUACAUUGUUAAUGUUAUGUUCCUUUAAAUAAAUAUGUUUUUACCUGCUUCCGUACUCUACUCCCUUAUGUCUCGCGACGUGACAGAAUACUUCGGAACAGAAACAAAACAAACGUCCACGUGUCCACAGUAAACAAUGUCACGGUUGUCAACAUCUGAAGAGCAUGCGCUCGUGCAUGUAGCACGUGCAUGCGCGCGCCCCCUCAUCUUUUUCUAGUCUAAUGAUACAUUCCAGUGCAGUCAUGUUUACUAUGUUUAUGGGAAAAUUGUAUUUGAAAAAAGAAAAUUCUUAAUAUGUCUUUUUUCCCUUGAGGUGUCUGGCCAACAUUGGGCCAAGUCUGUUUUCUGACUUUGGGUCGACACUGACAGACUGACAGACUCAGAAGGUGACUUUGCACCAGUGUUGCACCAGCACUGCUUGGCUGUCUGGGCAGGCAAAGCCCUCACAGAUUCUGAGGCUGUUAUUACUUUUAAUUAACCUCUGCACAUUUUCAUUAUUAAAGCUUCCUGUGCACUGAGGGAAAAAUCACAUCUGUUAAUACUUUCUUAUAGAUAAACAGAUUUUUCCCGGUAGGAUGGGUUUAACCCACCUAUCAUGUUAUUAUGUUAUGUCCACAUUUGAGAUGUCUGAAAUACUGGUUAUUCUCUCCUUUUUUGUUUGAAAUUUUUUGACUUUCCUCAUUUAGGGUCAUGAACUUAUAUGCAAAUAUUUCAUCUUAAUAAAGGUUUACUGUUUUACACCGUUCUUUGCUGUUUUUUUGUGUGUGUAGUUAAACUGUGGAAGUCAAUUUGACCCAUAACAUAAUGGAUGUAACUUUUCCAACAUAAAAGGAGGGUUAAUGAUGCCCCUCCCCCUCCCACACAUGGGCUACCAUAAACUGUAAAGCACACGCAGAAAUAUUUCUAGUAAGAAGGUGAAGGUGAGGCACAAACUCAGAGCUAAAGAUUGCACUGCUAAGAAAACAUGGCACAAGAGUUGUUGAAAGCCCGGCUUGGCCUCAUCCAGGGAGUAUCUGAGGGUCUCCUGAAGGAUCUUACUGAUUGUCUCAGGGCUACAAACCCUCCAGUUCUUAAUGAAAGGGAAGUAAAUAAGAUUCUUCAGACUCACGCAGUGACGCAGGACAGAACUGGAAAACUUGUGGAUAUGGUGCGGAAUAAAGGGGAUCAGGCCAGUUUCAUAAUGAUAUCUAUUCUGGAACAAAGGGACAAUCUGCUCGCCAGAGACCUGGGGCUUCUCACAGACUGCAUUGAAGAAGCCAGAAUGAAGCGUUUGGAUCGCAGCAGUAAUCCUUAAUAUGGCAUUUGGAAGAGGGGAAUCAAAUCGAAAGUGAAACUAACAAGGAGGGUCGAUUUUGGACUGUAGAAGAACAUGGACAUGGCUCAGUCCUAACAGUUUCUGAGUGGCACCUCAGGACUUUUGCACAUUUUCGUUAAAGCGUCUGUGCAGUGAGGAAAAAAAAUACAUAGGUGUUAAUAUUUAUUUAUUUUUUGGUGGGAUGUGCUUAAUGAUGCUGAAAGCCCAAACCACAUUUCCUACAGCCCCUCACAAACAGGCUACUGUAAACUGUAAUGCACAAACGCACAGAUAUUCAGAAUUGUUUAUAGCGUGAACGAGUAAUUACCACACACUAAUGACAACAUGGUUGUCAGCUGAAUUAUUUCCCUGUCAAAUAAACAAAACUGAAAUACUUUCACAUCUAUAAGCAAAAUUAAGUUAUACAGUUUGGUAAUGAGGGAGUUAACACUGUAAUGCAUAAUAAAGCACAAAACAGUGAUAGAUUGCAUCUAGGAAAUCAUUUCUGACAAUAAGUAACAACCCCCUGCUUAGCGUAGCCAAUUACAAACAACUACCAUAUCCGCAUUGUAUGGUGCAUUCAAUGACCAGCGAAUCAGUUAGUACAUUACAAGGUUGAACUUAUAGUUAAUAGUGAUAUGCAAAUCCUAGCCAGCGUUCAAUUAAUAUGGACAUAAGACAGUGGUUUGGAAUAGCACCAACAUCGGCAAUAAAUGAUUGCAGUGACAACCAAGUUUAAGCGAAUGAAUGAUUUGGCUAAUAAUAGCUCCGUUAUUAGUGCAUCUGAUCCUGACAUACAGACAAGCUGCAGCGUUGGAAGUAAGUUAACAUUACUGAGAACAUUGAUGCUGCCGGGCAAAGUAGCCGAUGGAGACUGACAUGUGCCCCGAUGAUUUGAGAGUGGAUGGGCGUAUGCAAGUCAGACUUGAGAAAUACCCUUCACGUCUCUUUGGGAUUAAAAAGAGGUUAUUCAUGCCAUCAUGGUAUUACAAGUGAGAGUGGCUUGAAUAUUAAUAAUACCUGUGCAGAAAAGUUCAGUCUUCUCAGUCCAAGUCAGUGUGGCUGGUCAAUAGGGGGAGCUGGGGCACCGUUCCUUCAAAGUUAUCCAGAGAAACCUGUUAAACAUAAGGUAAAUAUAUAUUGCAAAAUAAUUAUGAAAUAAAAUUAUUUAGUCAUGCUAUUUGCAUUUUAGUCAUGUUAGCAUUUAUUUAAAAAAUCUAAAAAUCUAAAUUGUUCAUUCAUAUUUCAUACAUUCAUAUCUGUCUGCAGAGCGCCGGCCAAGAAUGCGUAUGUAGGUCAUUAAACUUCUGAAGAGCAGGUGACUUGAGGAUGUUCUGUAAUUGACUUGCUUCAUAUUGUCCUCGGGGAACAGCUCCUUGCGCCCCAGACACUCACACUUUUGUUGUUAGCGAAUCAAUGUUGUUUUUUAAAAAUAUUUUUUCACCUCAUGUGAUUGGACCGUUCUCAAUGACUCUCUCUCCCACUCAGCAGCUUGUCAGCUGACCGGUACUGCAAGAGAUUGUUAACAAAGUAGA